GGCCCCGGAGAAUUAAUUGUCGGUGUACGCGAGCGCGGCAUCAUCAGCGUGACUAUCGUCAUAUACACACUUAUUACAGCCAACAACAACAACACCGCCGGGAACGAUCCCCCAAAACAAAAUUUUGUAUUUACAACGAAAAUUCAUAGUAUUCAAACACUCUCAGCCGUGACCCCGGCGGAAUCGCGUUUGGCCGUCUGCGCGGGCGCGUGUGUUUGUGUGUGUGUCUCGUAAGUGUUAAAGGAACGCAAAAAGAAAAAGGCUAUAACCGCUUAGAGCCUCGCCCGUUUCGGUUUUGGCCACUUUACUCGCGGUUGCGGGUAGUCCAUGUCGCGCGGUCACUCGGCCAUCGGUAUCAAAGCGGGCGCCGUCGGACUUGGACCCGUCAGUCCUUUUGCAAACGCCGACACCCGAACGACGCCUAAAGGCAGCUGUCGACUGUGACGGGUGUCAUCGACAUCAUAUGUGGCCAAAUAGUCUGUCAUCUGGAUGCAGCCAGGAGAGCGGGGAGUUAGGUUUCCCUGCUACCGCUUUCGCUAGCACGGCGACUCCAGGCUCCAUGGGCCCGUAUCACCUUAAGACACCGUACGCCGUCAACAGCAUCGGCCUGGCCAUGGACUCUCUGCAAACGUCCAUGGGCUGCUACCCAGCAGGUCAGAACUACCAUCACUCUACCACACUGUCCUUAUUCAAUCACCUCGGCAAUCCGAGAAAACAGAGAAGAGAACGCACGACGUUCACAAGGACACAGUUGGACGUUUUGGAAACUUUGUUCGCCAAAACCAGAUAUCCGGACAUAUUCAUGAGAGAAGAAGUAGCGCUGAAAAUCAACUUGCCCGAGUCCAGAGUACAGGUUUGGUUCAAGAAUCGACGUGCCAAAUGCCGGCAGCAGGUAAAACAGAACCAACAGCAUCAGAACGGUACCGAGAAAAGUUCUUCGCGAAACUCUGGAUCACAUCAGCAAUCAGGCGGCAACGUCUCGUCCGGUCUGAAGUCGUCCAAGUCGAUCAACGGACCAACCAGCAGCGGCGGCAACAACGUGUCAUCCACCGUCAACAAAAUCUCACCGUCCAACGUUAACCAACAGCUGCCCAACAGCGUGAUCAACGGUGGAAACUCCGGUGGCACUGCCGGAGACGUGGCCAUCACCAGUUCGACCGCCAACUCACCGGUGACCGGCACGUCUUUGACCACUACUCCGCUGCACCGGCAAUCGCCCGGAUGCACUUACAUCAAACCCAUUUUGAGCGGCACUCCGCCCAUAUCGUCCGUGUACUCUGGCACUGGAGGAGGAAACACUCCAGGAUCGAUAUGGAGCCCGGCUCUGACCGAACCGUGCCUGGACUUGCACCACAGGUCACCGGUGGGUUCUGCAAGCGGUUACUCGACCAACGGCAGCGGAGGCAGCAUAAACAGUAACGGCAGCAACUGUUACUCGUCCGGCACGCCAGCGUCGCAUCACCACCACCAUCAGCAUCAUCAUCCGUCUGCUCACCAUCACACUCACCAUCAGAACUACGGUGGAUAUUACUCCAACAUGGACUACUUGACACCGGCUAUGACUCAUCAAACUCCUGAAAACGGAUCGGAACCGACGUGGGUGAAAAGAGAAGAUCCGUCGUGGUUCUACAACUCUGGCGGUUGGGAAAGGAAGUAAACCACCUAACACGGACGUGGUCCCCUGCGAAUGGUGGACUGGUACAAAAUGGUAUUUCGCAUCGAAGCUAAAAUUGAUUGUAAAUUGUAAACGAUAAUGUUGAAAAUUAAACCAUAAGACCGCCGCAAUAAUGAUAUUAUUGUUGCUUAGAUAUUAUUAUUAUGUAAAUCUCUAGUGAUCUCGAUAUCAGCUAAUUUUCAAUCACCAUUGAACAUCUAGUACCUACAACUAGUACACGAUUGUACGAUGAAUCCGUUUGAGUAACUUUCGAGGGAUAAUUUAAACUAAAAAAAAAGAACAUAUUUAUGUAUUAACAAUAUUAAAAUUUAAAAAAGAAAAAUGUAAAAAAUGUUUAUUGAAUAUUAUGUAUAUUUAUUAUAUUAUUAUUAAGCAUACACCCGUUUGUUGUGUUUACCUUGAUUUAUAUUUAAUAACGAUUGGAUUUUUUGAAUUAUACUCGAAACGUAAUAACGUGUACAUACUUACCUUUAAAAAAAAAAAUACUUCAUAUUACUAAUUAUUAUUUGUAUAAAACCGUUUUUUUGGUACUCGCUAGCUGUACCGGAUUAUAUGUUUUCCAUAAACGAAAAAACCAAAACCAAAACCCUACAAAUGUACAGUAGUAAUAUAUAUAAAAAAAUAUUGUAGUGUAUUAUUUGAAAAAUAUAAUAUUCGACUUACAACAAAACGUGCCGACAACAUGUUUGUCUACUUCUAGUGUUUGUCGGGCGUCGUCGAAUAUUAUGAUGUGUAUAAUGAUUUGCAUAGUUUGUCCCGUGAUUUAUUUAUUCUUUUGUGUACAUAAAAAUAUAUAUUAUUAUCUAAUUUAUUUCCAUACUGAAUACCUACUUAAUAUGAUUAUUAUACCUAAUAGUAAUUUAUUAUUAAAGGAGCGAAAAAAAAACGUCGUUUGUUAAUUGAAAUUUGUAUGUACCUAUUUUUAAUCUAAAAAACAAAAAAGUUAAAAAAAAAAAAAAUACUAGUAAUUAUUAGAUUAACUAUAAAACUAUAUGUAUUAUUAUUAUUAUUAUUAUUAUUAUCAUUGUAAGAAUACUAUACAACUAAUAACGAGAACGCGUUUAUAGCCAUUAAGUGUAUAUUCGAUUUAUAGUUAAUUUCUAAGUUAUCAUCUUAAACGUUUUGCUCUAGAGUCAGUCUUUUCCCGAGACGUGUAUUGUGUUCCAAACCUUGUUUUCCAAUUAGUUUUAUUAUAUUAUAUUAUAU